AUGUCUGAACAUGAAACUGGUUCAUCAGAUGAUGAAGAACGUAUUAAUGAAAUAACAACAGUUAAAAAGAAAAAAGGAAAUGUUGUUUAUCAACGUGCUAGUCGUCCAACUACUUAUGAUGAUGAUGAUGAUGACGAUGAAGAUGAAGAUGAGUUUAAUAGACAAAUUCGUUUAGAAGAAACAAAAAAAUUACAAAAGGAAGCAGAACAAACAAAAACACGAGUUGAUCCUGAUGGAACUGUUUAUGAAUGGGAUCCAAAUGUUAAAGGAUGGUUUCCAAAAGUAUCAGAAGAAUUUUUAGUAGAACAUCAUAUGAAUUAUGGUCUUGAAACUUCAUCAGGUAUACGAUAUGAUGUACAUCAUCACACAUACAUUCAAGAACGUGAUGGUAUGACAUAUAAAUUAGAUAAAGAUACACAACAAUGGAUUCCAUUACAAUCAUAUACUGAUGAAACAAAUCAUAUUAAAUAUACAUUUUCAAAAAAACAUAAUACAUGGAUACCGGAUGUUAGCACUUAUUCAAUAAAUGAUCAAGAAGGAAAACAACAAACAUAUGUUUGGUUAAAUGAUCAACUUAAAUGGGAACUUUUAUCAACUGUUGAUGCUUAUACAGAUCAUAUUACAAGAAUUAAAUAUAGAUGGAAUAAUCAAACAAAUAGUUGGGAUAAUGAAGGUAUGGAACCAAUUGAAGAUGAACAUGAUCUUUCAAAAGAACAAAAACCAACAGUUCCACCACAAAUACAAGAUACAAAGAAGAAACCAACUGAAGGUUGGUUUGAAUUACCUGAUGAAAAAAAUUGUAAUGUUUAUAUAAGUGGUCUUCCACUUGAUAUAACUGAUGAAGAAUUUGAAGCACUUAUGUCAAAAUAUGGAAUUAUUUCGCCAGAUCCAAAUGAUCCACGAAACAAAAAAAUUCGUUUAUAUAGAGAUGAACAAGGAAAUCCAAAAGGUGAUGGAAGAUGUCGGUAUUUAAGACCUGAAUCUGUUAAAUUAUGUAUUGAUAUGCUUGAUGAUACAGACCUUCGUUCAUCAAGAAUUCAUGUUGAACGUGCAAAAUUUGAAGUUAAAGGAACAUUUAAUCCAGAUUUAAAACGUAAAAGAAAAAAAAUAGAUAAAAAGAAAAAACAAUUUGAAGUAGAUAAAUUACUUAAUUGGGAUGAACGUCCAGAAGUUAUUAGACAUAAAUAUGAAAGAAUUGUUGCUAUGAAAAAUAUGUUUGAUUUACAACAAUUUAAACAUGAUCCAUUAUUUAUUGAUAGAUUACGAAGUAAUGUUCGAGAAUCUUGUAGUGAAUAUGGAGAAGUUAAAAAGAUAAAUAUUUAUGAUGGAAAUCCAGCCGGUGUUGUGACUGUUGGCUUUGCAGAUAUUGAUCAAGCUGAUGCAUGUUGUCAAUAUAUGAAUGGUAGAAUUUGGUAUGGAAGAGUUAUUCAAUGUCAAACUUGGGAUGGUUCAACAAAAUAUGAUGUAGCAGAACCAGAAGAAGACGUAAAAGAAAGAAUUGAUGAAUGGCAUAAAUAUUUAAAUGACGAUGAUGAUGAAAAACAAAUAUAG